AGUCAAUCAUCGGGCUACUUCCCACCCCCAUCAACAACAGGAGGAGGGAAUUUACCGUUUGAGGACCCGAGUAAUACGACUGGUGGUUGUCCAAACGAGAACCUCUAUCCACCUCUAGCUGGUCCUGGAUUCUCCCAGACGGCCGUCUACCCCGCUUAUACUGGGCCAAACCAACAACGCUCUUCCUUGGCCGGUCUCGCCUAUCCUGCUGCCGCUUUUACCCCGAGUGGAGGCUCCCCUCCGAUCCCCUCUGCCUCCUCCGCUUACUUCCAUUUCGACUCCUCCUCCGUCGUCGGCGCUGGUCGUCGUCAUACCGUCUCCGCUUACGCUUCCUCUCCUAUGCCCAUCGAGCUUAAUUUGGUUGGACAUCCCGAAAUCGAUGAAACUUUGAUUAAGGAAGAAAAACGUCGCAGAAAUAAGGAAUCUAGUCAAAGGUUUAGAGAUCGAACUCGAGAAAGACAACGAGAGAAACAGGAAAGACUCGAGUAUUUAGAGAGACGGACUAAACAAUUAGAGGCCCAAUUGAGGAGUCUCAACCGGAAUGAUUCGAUUCAAGAGUCUGGUAAUGGUGCUCAACAAGAUGGACCACCGCCCCCAACAACAACGAACAUGACAACAACCCUGAACAACAAUCAAGGACGCAGUGAGGAACGGGAGAUGAUCGAACGAUUGCAGGCCGAGAAUGAGGCCUUGAGGGCUUCCUUAAAGACUGCCAGCGAAGAGAUUAAUCGACUUCAACAACAUGUGACUGGAAACCAAUCCCCGCAUACCAACAGUCCAUUAGGUAUCAGCCAAGUCUAUGCGAACACUUUGGCUCAACAACUCUCACCACCAGCAUCGACUAGCGAGUUUACCCCUGGCUCCCAAGCCUCUUCGCCUGGUGCAGCAGCAGCAGCAGCAACUACUGAGUCUUCGUACUUCGGUCCUUCGUGUUCUUCAACUGCUGGCUCGGUUAGACGGACCGCUAGUCCUUCUACUUCCUCUUCUGACUCACCCGUUCCCGUUCCUUCUGCGCCGCCUUCUGCUCCCUCUGCCUCAGUUGCUGUUGAUACUGGGGCUGGGUCUAUUGAUCCUCGAAACAGAGUCCAUCAACUCUCUUCCUUUAACAAUCAUCUUCCUCAUCUUAAUCAACACCAACAUCAUCCUCAGCAACAACUUCAUCACCCACUCCAACAUCAUCAACACACUCAACAACAUGUUCAUCAGCAACAACAUGCUCAUCAUCAUCAUCAACAGAUGACUGCUAAUCCUAAUGAGUUUUGGGACCAUAAUCAUUCCCAUCAUCUUCAUCACUCUAAUCCUAGGAAGUUUUAACCUCUGUCUGCUUCUUUUCCCUUUCUCUAGUUAUUUUGGAUCAAUGGAUUUUCUUGGAUAGAUAUAUCUUGACUUUCUCUCUCUGCUUUGCUUCUUUUUGAACUCCUUGCUUUUUUUCUUCUUCUUCCUUGGAAUAAUGGAACUCUUUUUCUUGUCUUUUUCUUCUUUUUUUUUAUCAAACUAGAUUUGGUUGAUCUUUUUUUUUUCUUCUUGAUAUUUAUACCUUUUUCUUUUUUGCUUGAUUUAGAAUCUUUCUCUUUUUUCUAUGUUUCUUACUUUCUCCUUGAAUCCACCGGCCCUGCCCCUGCCCCCCUUCCCCAUCACAGUAAAAUAAUUCAACACCCCUAGGGGUUUGGUUUAUUUGUUUUUUUAACAAUUUUUUUUCAUUUUUUUGGAAAGAUGGUGUAAGGAGGAAGUUCAAGUAGGGGAAAAGAAAAAUACAAUGGUGUAGUGGACCUUCACAUUAUUUUCUAGAUCAUGAUUCACUUAUUUAUCCAUUUACUGGUUUCUUAUUUCUAUCUCUCUCUCUCUCUCUCUCUUUCUUUUUGCUUUUGAUUGUUUAUUUAUUGACAUGUUAUGGAACUCUACGAGUCCCUGAUCUCUCUUUCUUCAUCUUCAUCUUCAUCAUUUUUUUUGUUGAUUUGAUUUGAUUUGAUUCAAUCAAAAACAAAUAAA